CGCGGGGCGCGGCCAAUGGGCGCGCGCGGCGGCCCGGCGGUAGCGCGGCGCUGUCAGCUCCCGCCGCUUACGCUGCGGCUCCCGGCGCGCCCCCUCCCUGCCCGCCUGCCGCCCGCCCGCCUCUCCAGAGCCGUCUGGCUGCAGCAGUGCCUCAGACAGAGGAGGGGAGAGGAGGAAAAAACGCUGAACAUGGAGAGGAACGGGAGCGGCGGCGGCGGCGGCGGCGGUGGUGGUGGUGGUGGAGGGGGAGAGACCCUGGAUGACCAAAGAGCCCUUCAGAUCGCCCUGGAUCAGCUCUCCCUGCUGGGGCUGGACAACGACGAGACGGGCUCCAUUUACGACAGCGAGCCGCGGAAAAAGAGCGUGAACAUGACUGAAUGCGUCCCGGUGCCCAGCUCGGAGCAUGUCGCUGAGAUAGUGGGGAGACAAGGUUGUAAAAUCAAAGCUCUGCGGGCAAAGACCAACACCUACAUCAAGACCCCGGUUCGCGGGGAGGAGCCGCUCUUUGUUGUGACGGGCAGAAAGGAAGAUGUGGCCAUGGCCCGCAGGGAGAUCAUCUCGGCGGCCGAGCACUUCUCCAUGAUCCGAGCCUCGCGGAACAAGAACACGGCCCUGAACGGCACCGUCCCCGGCCCCCCCAACUUGCCCGGCCAAACCACCAUCCAGGUGCGGGUGCCUUAUCGCGUGGUGGGCUUGGUCGUGGGGCCCAAGGGGGCCACGAUCAAGCGCAUCCAGCAGCAGACGCACACCUACAUCGUGACCCCGAGCCGGGACAAGGAGCCGGUCUUCGAGGUGACGGGCAUGCCCGAGAACGUGGACCGCGCCCGGGAGGAGAUCGAGGCGCACAUCGCCAUGCGCACCGGCGGCAUCAUCGAGCUCACGGACGAGAACGACUUCCACGCCAACGGCACGGACGUGGGCUUCGAGCUGAACGGCACGGGCAGCCUCUGGAGCAAGCCCACGCCGCCCAGCAUCACGCCCACCCCGGGCCGCAAGCCCUUCUGCAACUACCGCAACGACAGCUCCAGCUCGCUGGGCAGCGCCUCCACCGACUCCUACUUCGGGGGCGGCACGGGGGGCGGCAGCGCCGCCCGCCUGGCCGACUACAGCCCCCCGAGCCCGGCGCUGAGCUUCACCCACAACGGCAACAACAACAACAACAGCGCCAACGGGUACGUGUACGGCGGGGGCGGCGGGGACGUGCUCUCCUCGCCGGACUGCUGCUCCGAUCUGCCCUUCGACUCGCCGCCCGGCUUCGACCUGGCGCCCGCCCCGCCGCCGGGGGCCGCCCUCAUCUGGCCGCAGUUCGAGCGCGGCCCCGCCGCGCCGCCCUCGCCCGCGCCCUCGCCCGCCGCCGCCGCCGCCGCCGCCUUCCCGGGCGCCGCGCCCGCCAAUGCCAACCUCGCGCUGCUGGUGAGCGGCCCGAGGCGGGGCGGCGGCGCCCCGCCCCCGGCGCGGCUCUCCCCGCCCCUGCACGGCAGCGCGGCGGGGCCCGAGCACCCGCUGGCGCGGCGGGUGCGCAGCGACCCCGGCGGGCGCCUCAUGGCCGCCUCCUACCCCCUCUACGCCAACGGGCUGGGCUCGCACCUGCCGGGGCUGCCCUCCGACUCGUCGGCCUCCUCCUCCUCCUCGUCCAGCUCCUCGUCCAGCUCGUCGUGCUCGUCGUCCGGCGUGCGGCGGAAGGGCAGCCGCGACUGCUCCGUGUGCUUCGAGAGCGAGGUGAUCGCGGCGCUGGUGCCCUGCGGCCACAACCUCUUCUGCAUGGAGUGCGCCAACCGCAUCUGCGAGAAGACGGAGCCGCAGUGCCCCGUGUGCCACAGCGCCGUCACGCAGGCCAUCCGCAUCUUCUCCUGAGGCGGCGCCGCCCGGCUCGCGGCAGCCGCGGCGCCGGCCCGCGCGGGCGGCGGCGGGGGCGGUGGGGCCGCGGCGGUUGCGGCCGUUGGGACGGUUGGGCCGCGCCGCCGCCCGCCGGGGGGGUGGGCGCCGCGGCCGAGGGUGGGCGGGGGGUGGUGGCGACUCGGGUGCAUGCUAUACAUAAUAACGGGCGACUCCAUUCUAGUGCUAGGCUAGUUUUUACACUGUACUUUAUAAACGAAGCUUCCAAAACUCCCUUUUUUUUUAUAAAAAAAAUAACUGAAAGUAGAAGAUGCUUAUGAUGAUGACAAUGGUGUGUGGACUGUUAGUAAAACGUGCUGGUAGUUCCUAGGAUGCUUAUUACGAAGUUAUUAAAUCUAUGGGUGGAUACUUUUCUGAAUGUUCUUGAAAGGGCAAGAAGUUCCUGUGAAAACCAUGAUACUGCAGCUUUAUCAAAGUUAAAAGAAAAAAAACAAAAACUGUAACAUAUCUCUUAUAUAUAUUAAAAACGUUUAAAGGUUUUAAAGAUAAAUUGCAUUAAUACAGAUUGAAGUAUUUUAUUCUUUUUUGACUUGAAAAAUUAUAUUUCAUAUUGCAAAGAUGUUUACAAGUAUUUUAAUUUAAGUUCAGUGAACUUUUUGUAGCUGGGUUAAAUCUUUUUUAUUUUAGUAUGGCCUUAUGGCAAAGAACACUGUAUUAUUUUAAUAUCACACAAUUGUGAACGGAAUUACAAACCAUAAAAUGUGUAAUGCUUUGAACAGUAUUCUGUUGGGAUGGAGAUUUUAUAGGUUCAGAAAAAAAUCUUUUAAAUCUGCUUCACCCAGCAUAUUUUCUAUUCAGUGAUAUAAAGCAUAUUUUAUUCUAUAUUAUUACAAAAAUGGAAAUGUAUAAACAUAUGUCAAAAGGAACUGUUGAAGCUUUCUAACAUUUGUAUAAAUAGAAUUCAGUGGAAAUUACAAAAAUUCUGUUGCACCACUAUAGUUUUAGUAUUUCUAUUUUAAUACAUUUGUUUACCACUUGUUUAUGUAUAUGUAGGUGACGUUACUUGAGCUUAAAUGUACUUUACUGAGCAAAGUUUAAAAACAAAGUAUAUUUUAUUUUAUGAUAAAGGGCCUUUAACCUCAUGGUCAAAUACUAAUAUUAUAUUUGCUGAGACAAGAUUUGAAAUUGUAUCAAGAGUUUUAUUUUUCUGACAUUUAAAGUUCUACAUAAUAAAAGUAAAACUUAAGUAAUGGUGCUACUUCAUGUUUUUUUAAGUAUUUCUAUAUAAAUAAAAUAAAAUAUUACAGAAAAAUA